GUUGGAGCAGUGACACAGCUCGGUUAGGAAAUCCCAGUGUGCAGGAGGGUAUAAAUCCCUGCUUGGACGGCCGUGCUGCCACCGAAGGUGAAAGUCUGGCCUGGCAGCCUUCCCCAGGCAAGAAGCAACAAGGGGCAAGAAUGCAGAGCUGCAGACCACAGAUGGCUGGACCUCAGAUCUCCACUUCCUGUGCCCUCUGGAAAUUAUCAGGAACAAAGUUCAUCUUGUGUGUAUUGGUAAUGAGUAUUUUGGCCUUCACCGUCCAGUCUGAAGAGCACACAGUGGCUGCAGGAGACUGCCCGUUUCAUGGCAAGCAUUACAAAACGGAAUUCAGGGUGGAAGGGGAGCCUGUGGUUCUGAGGUGUCCCCAGGUGUGGUCUCAGUUUGGGACCUCCACCAGCCCCCAGGCCCUUCUGACCUGGCGUAAAAACAACUCUGCUCAAACGGUCCCAGGAGAAGGGCCACGGAUGUGGGCCGAGGAUGGCGCUCUCUGGGUUCUGCCAGCCUUGCGGGAGGACUCCGGCACCUACAUCUGCACUGUCAGAAACGCUUCUCACUGUGAUGAGAUGUCUGUUGAGCUCAGGGUUUUUGAGAACACAGAAGCUUCCCUACCGUUCAUCUCAUACUCGCAAAUUCUAACCUUGUCUGCCUCUGGGGUGUUAGUGUGCCCUGACCUGAGGGAAUUCACCCGAAACAGAACUGACGUGAGGACUCGGUGGUACAAGGGUUCUGUCCUUUUGGAUCAAGACAAUGGGAAAUUUUUAAGUGUGGAGGGGACCACACACUUGCUCAUACAUGAUGUGUCGGUGGAGGAUGCAGGCUACUACAAAUGUUCCAUAACACUUGCCCACGAGGGCAGGCACUAUAACAUCACUAGGAACAUCAAACUCCGUGUCAGCCAAAGAAAAAAGGAGACCAUUCCUGUGAUUAUUUCUCCCCUCCAGACCAUAUCAGCAUCUCUGGGGUCACCACUGACAAUCCCGUGUAAGGUGUUUCUGGGAGCCGGCACACCUAUGACCACCCUGCUGUGGUGGACAGCCAACAGCACCCAAAUAGACAGCGCCUACCCGGGAGGCCGUGUGACUGAGGGGCCGCAGCAGGAAUAUUCAGAAAACAACGAAAACUACAUUGAAGUGCCGCUGAUUUUUAAUCCAGUCCUGAGAGAGGAUUUGAAUACAGAUUUUAAAUGUGUUGUCCAUAAUACUCUGGGUUUUCAGACACUACGUACCACAGUCAAAGAAGCUUCCUCCACGUUCUCCUGGGGCAUUGCUCUGGCCCCCCUGUCGCUGGUCGUCUUGGUUUUGGGGGGCAUAUGGAUGUACAAGCGGUGUAAACACAGAACCAAGGAAGCAGAUGGGCUGACGGCGCUGAAGACUGGCUACUGAGGCUCCCGUCCCAUCCCGCGCAGUCAAGGGCGUGAGAAUGCGAUCCGGACACUGCCCUCCUCCACCUCCUCCUCCAUUUUUUUUUUUUUUUAAAAUUGGUUCUUU